AUGACAAAGUCGCUGAAGAAGUACAAGAGACCGUUGCGCGCGGAGAAGGAAUCUGUUCGGGAAGCGGAAACGGCGCCGGUUGAGCAGAUGGCGAUGCUCACGCUUGCAGUGCCGCCUGCUGCGGCUGAGGUGAAGAAGAAGAGGCAGAGGCAGAGAAAGCGUCGCGUUCCAGACGAGCAGAAGAUUGAGAUGAGCGAGGAUGAGAGUCAAGGUCGUAUCGAUUCGGGCAACGAAUCGAGCGCGUUCACUCUCCAACUACCGUCUGCGGCCAUUCCGCCAGAGGAGGGCGGCGCGGACCCCGCCACUCCCACAUACUCCGCCAUCGAUGAGCCUGUCGAGGACGAAGGACCGGCUAUCCCACCAGCAACCCAAGAGUUCAUGAUCAAAUGGCUCCCCAAGUGGCACGACUACUGCGUCCAAUUCCCACAGCCCGAAGACUUUGAUGGCGUCGCUCCUUACUGUUCCGCUGGCAURGACCUCAUCCUCGCCUUCACCCGCGACGUCACGGCCUCUCACAUCUCCAAGAAGGGCCUACCGUUCGACGUUUCCCCGCCCCAUGCAUCUCCCUGGGAAGUGGAGUUCAACAACGUCUUCUAUCCGGCUGAUAAGAUCCGCAACUUCAUCGAUAUCAACGUGCGUAGAUUCGAGAAGUUUAGGGAGGGUGAGGAGAUGGAGGGCAGGAUGUGGGUGGAUAUGGACGUCAAGUAUCGGAACAAUGUGGAUGCGUUGUUGGAGAAGGUGGUGAGGUUUAAGGGUGUUGGGGCUUGGGAGAAGGAGAGUCGGAGAGUCAAUGAGAUGGUGCGGUAUGGUGUGUUUGGAAAGGUCGAGGCUGAAGACGAGUGCAAGUUGGAAGCUUGA